CAAACGGGAGAGAGGCAUAGUCAAAUGGCUGGUGAACAUGCUGAAAUGAUGAUCUCUACUAUAAAUCCAAAUAUAAAUUCCGUCAUAUGUAUAAUCCUUAAACUGGCGUGAAGAUCCGCGCGCGCUGUUACAUCUCAUGGACCUCGACAGCGAAAAGCGUAUCUUCCAAGUUCAAGGGAGUGAACUAAAAUAUUCUUCAUGGUUUUUGCAAUACCUUAGUGUCGUGAUCCGUCCGUGCAAACAUAUUGCCACUAACUGAUUUUGGAGGAGAACCACCGCCACCACCACCGUGUGCGUGGUGUUUUACGUGGGAACGACUUUAGAGCGGUAUUUUCCCCUUCGUUUUAUUGCAAAUAACAGCAUUAGCAUAUUUCCCUCAUGAAAAAUAAUCUUUGGAGCGGUUCCCGGGACAUGACCAUGAUGAUGCCGAGCAAAAGUGUGGAAUGGCUGCAAGACGAACUGGAAUCCGGUGGGAGCUCCCUGCUUCUGUUGGAUUGCCGCUCGCACGAGCUCUUCGAAUCAUCUCACAUAGAGACGGCCAUCAAUUUGGCAAUACCGGGGCUGAUGCUUCGGAGGCUGAAAAAGGGGAAUCUGCCGAUCCGAUCUAUUAUUCCGAAUAACGAGGAUAAGGAGAAGUUUGUCAAACGAUGCAAGACGGACACCGUGGUCCUGUACGACGAGGCCACCUCGGACUGGCAGGAGAACGGCGCAGCGAGCUCAGUUCUUGGGCUCCUGCUUCAGAAGCUCCGGGAUGACGGUUGUAAGGCUUAUUACCUGGAGGGGGGAUUCAACAAGUUUCAAACGGAGUACCCAGAACACUGCGAGACUAACCUGGACAGUUCGUGCCCCAGCAGCUCGCCGCCAGCGUCCGUUUUGGGGCUGGGCGGGCUGAGGAUCAGCUCGGACUGCUCCGAUGGGGAGUCGGACCGUGAACCGGGCAGUGCCACUGAGUCGGAGGGCAGCCCGUUGCCCAGCAACCAGCCCGCCUUCCCCGUUCAGAUCCUUCCUUAUCUCUACCUUGGCUGUGCCAAAGAUUCCACCAACCUCGACGUGCUGGGCAAGUACAACAUUAAGUACAUCCUGAACGUAACGCCCAACCUGCCAAACAUGUUUGAGCACGACGGAGAAUUCAAGUACAAACAGAUUCCCAUCUCCGAUCACUGGAGCCAAAACCUCUCGCAGUUUUUCCCCGAAGCCAUAUCUUUCAUUGAUGAAGCUCGCUCCAAGAAGUGCGGGAUCCUGGUGCACUGCCUGGCCGGGAUCAGCCGCUCGGUCACCGUCACCGUGGCCUACCUGAUGCAGAAGCUCAACCUGUCGCUCAACGACGCCUACGACUUCGUCAAGCGCAAGAAGUCCAACAUCUCGCCCAACUUCAACUUCAUGGGCCAGCUGCUGGACUUCGAGAGGACCCUGGGGCUGCACAGCCCGUGCGACAACCGCUCGCCCGCCGACCAGCUGUUCUUCACCACGCCCACCAAUCACAACGUUUUCCAGCUGGACACGCUGGAGUCCACAUGAGGGCCCCCGCCGGGGGGCGCGUUCAGACGGGCCCGGCCUCUUCCAGCGUUUUUGCCUGCAGCCUCCUCCUCCUGCGGCGUUUUUGAGUCCCGCCGUCCCCGGGGGAGGGCGUGCCGCAGGGCUCCCCCCCCCCGGGGACAGGCUUGACGCGGCGGACUUUUGGGGGUUUACUCGCCCGUAGCGGACUGACUAUGGGGUACCACAUCGCUGCUUCAGUGAUGGAGAAGUGCGGCUUCUCUUGCCUUUGGAACAGACUGUUCUUUAUUUUUAUUUUUAU